AUGCAUUCUAUUUUUCGUCUUGGACUCAUUAAACAAAUCGAUGGAAAUAAUCGUCUUUGGCAAGUCGAUUUAACAUUAACUAGUGACAAUGAUCCGAAUUUGCAUUCAUUUGCUGAACAGAUUGCAAUGAGUAUUUUACAAUGGUCAGUACCUGCAAAUCAUCCUAAUCUUCUCGUUCUUCGCGGAAGAUUUAUAUAUAUAAAUGAAAUCUUCUUUAUGCAACAAUCACCGUCAAUUAGUAUUGAACAAGAAUCAUUAUCGACAACAAUCAGUUAUAAUUCAAGUGAACAGAGUUUAAAUAAAACUAAUAAAUUAAUAAAAUGGUAUCGAAUAAUAAAACGUAUUGUACAAUUUUUUCGAUUUAUCAAAAUUCCUAUACUUCGUUCACGUUUUAUCGAUAUGAUUAAUUAUAUGUCUAUAGAUAAUUUCGAAUUUGAAGGAUUAAAUGGUUAUAAAAUAAAUAAAAUACAAGAAGAUCUUCUUUUUCUCGAUGAUAUUAAACGUUAUCAAGAAGUAUUCAAUACAUUUUUAUCCUUUGGUUUUGUCUGGGAAGAUAAAGAAUUUCAAAUGGCAAAACUCAAAGCAAAUUAUAUCUAUGAUCAUUAUAUGUCAACAUCUGAAGCAAUAGCAAAGACAAAUAUACCAACAGAUACAAUACCAUCAAUUUAUAAUCGAAUAGCUUCACCUAAAAUAUUUUCAUCACUGACUUAUUUAAAUUUAUUUAAUGAUGCUGAGAAAUUUAUUACUGAAAAAAUACUGAUGAUCUAUAUGUGUGAAGGUUUGAAUUGUUUUUCCAUAUCGCCACAAAAACAAUUCAUAGCAAUUAUGAAUCGAUUUAAAGGAAAUCAAAUUACAAAUGGAUCUAUUUCAUCAUUUGAACAUUUAAAAGAAAUAAAUAAAAUAGAAAAACCUUUAUUUGAUCAUUCAAAUAUUAAACUUAAAGAUAAAUUUGAUAUUGAAUCUUCAUAUGAUGAAUUAAUAAUACCUAAUUGGACAUAUUCAACUGAUUUAGGUUUUGUUUAUAAUCCAAUUCGAGAGAAACGUAUGAAAGUACUUAAAACAAAUAUUCGAAAAAAGACAAAAGAUUUUGAUUCAAAUGAUGAUUCGAUUAUUAAAUUUAGUCAUAAUAUUCCAAAUGAACUAAAAUUAUUAAAUUCAACUUUAUCAAAAUCUACAAUACCUAUUUCAUCAAAAAAUAUUCAACAUUCAUCGAAAAUUCUAUCUCAUACUCAUCGACAACAUAUUGAUAAUACUUCAAUACAUUUAAUUUCCAAAGAUAAAUCUUUAUUACAACAUAAAAAACAUGAUAUUUUAUCACAUUAUUAUCGAUGUAAUAGUAUGUUCAAUAAAAAUAUAAUUGAUAAAAGACAAUUUUCAAAGAAAAUAUUUAUUUGCAAAGUACAUUCUUCAUCAUGGUCAGAGUCUUAUCAAUUCAAAAUGAAUAAUGAAAUACCUUAUAGAAUGAUACAAAAACAUCAAGCAAAAGAUUCCUUUAAUAGAAUACAACAGUCACAACGAUUAUGUCAUUAA